GGCCGGACUAGUGUCACCUGCCUCUCGUUAGUGUGUGGGUGUACGUGUCCCCGGCGGUGUUGUGACGUGACUAACCUCUCCCUACAACCGUUGAUACCCAUUACCAGAUUGUGUGACUACCUUUGCGACGCCGGACUAAACUCUUGACAGCAGGUAGCAUCAUCAGCAUCAGCAGGCGGCGGGCGCGGCUCACCAUGGCGUUCUCGCGAGUGGUGGCGGCGUGCGCGGAGAGGAAGGAGUUGUGGCAAGAUCCCGACUUUCCCGCGACACAGACCUCCGUGUUCUACCACCAGACGCCGCCCUUCACAUUCUCCUGGCGUAGACCCAAGGACCUGGUGCAGAACCCUGUCUUCAUCCGGGAGGACUCGCCACACUUCGAUAUUGUUCACGGCAAGCUGGGAGACCGAUGGUUCGUCUCGUGCCUGGGCUGCCUCCACCUCACCAAGGGACUCUUCUACCGCGUCGUGCCCGCUGACCAGGACUUCGAGGCCGAGUCAGGUUACUGCGGCGUGUUCAGGUUCCGCGUGUGGUGGUGCGGGGAGUGGCGGGAGGUGCUGGUGGACGACAGGCUGCCCACCGUCAACGGCAAGCUGGUCUUCGUGCACUCCCAGUCCUCGGCGCAGUUCUGGCCCGCCCUGCUGGAAAAGGCCUAUGCCAAGCUACACGGGUCAUACGAGGCCCUCAAGUACGGCACCUCACUCGACGGCCUCUCAGACUUCACGGGCGGCAUAGCGGAGUCCGUGAGUCUCCGGGCGGACCCAACCACCUGCGGGCGACUCCUGGCGAAGCUGCUGGAUCUGACCUCACUGGUGACGGCCGUAGUGACCAACCAUUCCUCCAAGGCCCCCUCCGAGAAGCUGGCGAAUGGCAUCGUCUUGGGAAUCAACUACAGGAUUUACUGCAUCGAGAAGGUGGAGAGCUACAGCGGCGAGCAGGUGACGCUGGUGAGGGUACGCACGCCGCUGGGCACCACUGCAGAGUACCUCGGGGCCUGGGGUCGGGUCUCGCCGGAGUGGGAUACAGUGCCGCCAAGGGAAAAGGAGCGACUCAACCUCAAAUACAUGGCCGAUGGAGAGUUCUGGAUGGCUUACAGUGACUUCGUGCGGACGUUCUCACAACUCGAAGUCAUCCAUCUGGACGGCGAGACUUCCCGCGACGAGCCCUCCCUCAGGCACAAGACGCCCUGGAUCUCCCGCGUGUACCAGGGGGCGUGGCAGCGAGGGGUGACGGCGGGCGGCUGCAGGAACAACCCAGACACAUUCCACAUCAACCCACAACUGCACCUGAUCCUGAGUGAGAUGGAGGAGGUGGUGAUUUCCCUAAACCAGCACUCGGUCAUGGAGCCCAAGGUGGUUGGCUUCACCGCGUAUCCUCUCUCCAAGAAUGGACUAGACUCCAUCAGCAAAGCUUUCUUCAAGAAACACAAGAGCCUCGUCAACUCUCAGUACACCAACAGUCGCCAGGUGUGUGAGCGGGUGCAGCUGGAGCAGGGCGGUUACAUCCUUUUGCCCACCACCUUUGAGCCCGGCCAGGAAUCUGCUUUCACUCUCAGGGUGUUUUCCUCCAAACCACUAAAGCUCAAGCUGGUGGACUCUCCCUCAGCCCUUGUACAGCCUGCAGUGAUCAAGGCACGGGGCUCUGUGGACGCCAAGAGCCUGCAGCAGUAUGAAGCUGUGUUCCUUCAAGUUGCUGAUGAGCACCGCACAGUCAACGCCUUUGAGUUACAUGAAUUACUGGAGGCUUGUCUUCCUAAUGACUACAUCAAGAGCUGUGCCAGUUUGGACAUCUGCAGACAAGUGAUCCUUGCCCUCGAUAGUUCCACCACGGGACGCCUGAGGUUUUCAGACUUCAAGGAUCUCAUGGUUAGUCUAAAGUUCUGGCAAAACGCCUUCAAGACACACACCAAGGAGAGAACGGGAAUUCUCAAGGCAGAAAGAUUGCGAGAUGCACUGGAAGAUGUUGGGUUUCAGCUGAGCACGGAGGUCGUCUCUACACUGGUGCUGCGCUACAUGAGGAAGGACGGCACGCUAAGGUUUGGCGACUAUGUGAGCGCCAUUCUUCACCUCUCUGUUGCCUUCAAUAUAUUUGAGAAGCGGGAUCCCCUUCAGAAUGGUUCAGUGAAGUUCACUCUGGGUGAGUGGCUGAAGAAUGCACUGAUGUGCUGAGGCAGAGUCCUGGUCCAUCGUGCUUCCUCUGUUUCCCACUGGUGCUGAGGAUGAUAAGAGACAGAGUUAAUAAGCCCAGGGUUACUGUACAUUAGGUGUACAAUUAUGUUUAACAUGUAAAUAGUUUCAAUGAUCAUUGCUCCAGACACAGUUUUAAAGUCUGUUGUAAUUAAGUGCAGACAAUGUAAAAUAAUUAAUUUGGCAUGGAGUAAUGAUUAUUUACCUGCUUUAAAAGAAGUACUCUCUUGAUAAUGUUCCACUGUAUGUACAUUUCAUUUUUAUAGCAAAUUUACAUUUAUAGAUCAAAGACAAAAUCAGUGAAGCUGUAGGGUAGAGCAGUGAUGAUUCAGCCACUUUUAAAAAAAAUAAAUUUUUAUAAUUUUUUUAGCAUCAGUAUAAUUUUAUUGAUCUCAAAAUGUUCCUUCAUCAUUUGACUCUUUAGUUUGUUAAUAUCACACUUGUAGCUACUUCCAGUAUUUUGCAGUGGAUGAUGAAACACAAGUUUCUGAAUUGUACAAACCAUCCUUACCCGUGGUAAUGGUUCGGACACUUCUAUUACUCGGCACAACCUUAACAUAACUUAAGGUGGAUUAGCUAAUUAAGAAGAAAUGAUCAAUUCCAAGAUAUUUGUAUAAGUACAAAAUUAUCUUUUCAAUAUUUAUAGGAAAAAACAAAAAAGGAAAACUAUGAUGAAAUAUCAUUUUAACUGGUACAAAAUUAAUAAAAAUCAUGAAAAAUCAACGUUCGAAUCAUUCUAUAUCUAUAAAAAUGAAUGUCUGGUCACACUCCACUUCCAGUACGAGAGCUAAGCAUUCGUGUUCUAUGGCAAUGCCUUUGCCGUGUAUCGCUGCUUCGUCAUAAUAAUGCACAAUCCACUACUUGCCAUAUUUUUUAAAUGAAAACUUAUGAUACAACCUAAAAGUAUCAUAUAGGUAGGAGGUGAAAAAAAAAAAAUAACCUGCAUUAAAAAGAACAAUGCCCUUAAAGUUUUGCACCUUCACACAAGCUCUUACAACCCUCAGUCCCAUAUGUUUUAUAAUAAUUGUGAUGUCCGAACCAACCCACUGUCUGAAUCGUAACUGCUCUCCCUUACUAUUUGCAGGAAUGACCAAAGUUUAAUAGAAAAAAAAGAUUAUAUCAGUCUAGGCACAAUCCAUUACUCAUUUGAUCAAGGUCCAGUGUUACCAAGCAUUAUUUUAUCUGAUUACCUUCAGGCAAGUCAAAGAAAAUAAAAUUUUGUUGGGGGUAACCCAGAGCCUUCCUUUACAAAUCUAUGACAUAUCUGGCAUUGAUAUUACUUUAACUAUAGUUUUAUGUAUUAAACUUAUCUAAAAGUUUAUUACGUGAAGUGAUGUUUUUCUGAAGGUCUGAGUUCAUUACUGCUGAUGAGUAAGUUGUUUGACAGACCCACUUCGGGAAAGUGCUUUGUAUGUUUCAGUGAUUGACAUACUUGUUUCAGGGUUUUGUAUAUAUUAUACAUAGCUUGCAAAUUAUUUGAAAACAUAUUAGCAAAUAUGUAUGUAACAGAACUUUUUAAUGCACUAUGCACAAUUAUUAAUGGUUUUAUAAAAUGUGUAGCCAUCAGAUAAACAAAAUAUGAAUUUUAUAUAGAUAUUGUAGUCUAGUCAAUGCACUGAGAGGAAUUCAGUCUGAAAUUUGCAUGGUUUUGUUUUAAACAAAUCAGUAUGUGAAAUUUCUUAAUUUGAAACUGGACUUUCAUAACUUUAUUUAGGAAAAAAUACUGAGAGAGAGAGAGAGAGAGAGAGAGAGAGAGAGAGAGAGAGAGAGAGAGAGAGAGAGAGAGAGAGAGAGAGAGAGAGAGAGAGAGAGAGAGAGAGAGAGAGAGAAUACACACACACACACUGUUUGUUCAUUAUAAGCACCCAGUGCUUCCCAUUGUGAAUAAUUACUUUAAUGACAGCAUCACUGAGCCAAUACUGACAUUUUGUAAAUUUCAAAAUUGGUGAGUCUGGAGCUUCAAUAUACCUGCACAAUUCUGGUGCUUCACUAUACCUGCACAGUUUUGACUACAUAUAACUCAAUGUUUGUAUCCUUAAUAUGGCUACAAUGUAUGUAUUCUGUAUAAAGAUUAAGUGAUAGCUAAUAUAUACUUAAAUUUACACACUCAAAUUUAUAUGUAAAUACAUGUAUAUAAAUUAAUAUAAGAAAAUUUUAUAUUGCCAGUGUCAAUAAUUAACAAUAAAAACAAACAUGGCUAA